UACGUUGUUGCACAUAUUAACUCUAUACGUGUAUCAUGCUUGGGCAACUGUAUUAGCAAACCUCAUCUACCGUUCGGUGAUGCUCUUAAAAGAAAAUGUCAACACAUUAAUCACGUACAUCCCGAUAACCCUUUCAAUAUAUUGACAUGUGAUACCUGCAUGUGUAAAAAGUAAAUGUAAUACAAAACUAAAGCACUCAAGAAGCUACCCCUUUUAAAUCCAAAAAUAUACCUGUCAUGUAAGUACCGUAAAUGGGGAUGAAUCGCAGAAAUAGACAUGUUCUGUGGGUUUUUCAUGCAAAGUAGCAUAGUUUUCAAACACCUCACUUCUCUUUCACAUGUACUGGUUAAUAAAAAUGUAUGUAACGCCUUUAAAUUUAUUGCCUUUAUGACACCUGCAUGUCUGUUUAAUUGUUAUACACAAAUAAUUUAAGCACUCCAGAAGCUAGCACUAUACAAAAAAGAACUUGUCACAUAAAUAAAUUAAUUCAAAGGAAUGGUGAUGAAGACACACAGCUACAUGUACUUUCACUAUAAUAUUCAACUUCUUCUUGACCUUCACAGGUAAAACUGAAAAAGAUGUGCUGAUGGCCUCUUAUGGCCUAUCAGGAGGCUGGCGUAAUCUUCUUCUUUGUCUUUGGCAUUGUCUGGAUGAAACAGACAUUUUAUAUAAAUCAUUUAGUUUUUGACCAAGUUGAGACAAAAAUGAAAAAUGGUUUAUAGUAUUUGACAAAUUUUGUGCUCCAAGAAAACAAUCAAAAUUUGUGUCUCUGUACUGACGAGAGACUGGUCUUCAUUAUGAAAUAUUAGUGGACCUAUUUUUCUUUUUGUUUACAAGGGUGAAGAGUAAGGUUAGAACCCACCGAAAAAGGAUAAUUUUAGAUUUACUAAAUUACUGGAAAUGUCCUUUGGGUUAGAAACACACAUGCGUUUUAUUUUCCAUAUUAUUAUGCACUAUUUUUAAUUGUUCCCCACAAACCUAGCCUGGGCUGACUCAUGCACCCUUGAUGUGGAGAACUUUGUAACUCUAAAAUGAAUCCAAACCCCUGAGGCACAACCGCUUCAACAUCAAGUAUGGGGUGAAUUUUUUUUCGAGCAAAGGAAAAACGUUUAGUGGGAAUUUUGCUCACUAAGAAAGAUGUUUGUAUUUUAAAUUUUGAAGUCCAAAUUGUUUUUAUCCAAAACCUACAGUGCUGUCCGGAAGCAGGACAGAAACAAAAUCAUUUUGUUUCAAUUUUGUUUUCAAUUUUGCACUGAACACCCAGAAAUGAUCAUCAAAUUCGACAUUUUUAAACAAGGAUUAAUAGAAAUUCUCAAUUUCUUUGUAAGUUGUAAAAAAAAAAAAAGAUUCAUGCCAAAAUGAAUAAAGUACGCCGCGCUAGGGGGCCGUCAUCAACAACACUUGUCAAUAGCAGCACCGCUUAUUACAGUGCACACCAUGGCCAGUGUAUUGUAUAGGCAGUAUGAAUGCGUUUGCGGAACCGGCCAAACGACCAGCAGUUACUCUGAGAUGUCUGACAAAGAUUCCUCAGGUGUAGGCUCGCCUAUCCAGCUUGUCACUGUGGACACCAACUACAGUGCAGAUUCUGUUGAGUUCUGUCCCCUAUCAGGCUUUGAAUGCCUCCUUGCUUGCGGCACAUACCAGCUAGCAGAAGAGACGUUGACCCUUGAGCAGGAACAUGGAAACCAUCAGGAUGACAGACCAAGACAAAGGCUAGGCCAGAUACGAUUGUACUGUCUGGAUCAGCGUGCAGCAGAAACUGGUUUGACAGAAUUGCAAAAGAUUGAAACAGCAGCAAUAUUGGAUAUGAAGUGGUGCCAUUAUUCAGUUGCAGAGCAGCCACUUCUGGGCAUUGUUAAUGCCAGUGGGGAACUCCAACUGCUUGCUGUUUGUUCAAAGGCUGAUGGGGGUGCUGAUAGCUUUGUGUUACAGUCAACUGCCUGCCAUAGAGUUAGCGAGGAGAAUGAUUGCUUAACCUUGUCUCUAGACUGGAACACGGGAAAAUAUCACAGUCAGAAUCCCUGUGUCAUUGUCAGUGAUUCCAAGGGCAGUCUUACACUGUGUCGGCUCUGUGACGGUGCAUCAAGUGUUGAGAGUGUGCUUCACUGGCCAGCUCAUGGGUUUGAGGCUUGGAUAGCAGCCUUUGAUUACUGGCAACCCACCGUGGUGUACUCUGGUGGUGAUGACUGCAGGUUCAAAGGAUGGGAUACAAGAACACCUUGCAGUAAACCACUGUUUAUAAGCAAAAGUCACAGCAUGGGUGUAUGCAGCUUGCAUAGCAAUGCACACAGGGAGAAUCUACUGGCUUCUGGAAGCUAUGAUGAGUCAGUGAUGCUAUGGGAUACCAGACAUAUGCGGCAACCAUUGACAGAGACCAGUGUCGGCGGGGGUGUCUGGAGAUUAAAAUGGCACCCUAGCCAUGGCAAUCUGCUCCUGGCUGCUUGCAUGCAUAAUGGCUUCCAUAUAAUUGAUUGUGCAACUGUCGUUAAUGGAAAUUGCCAGUCUCUUGUUGCUUCAUACAUGGAGCACCAAUCCCUAGCAUAUGGAGUGGAUUGGUGCCAGCAUGCAAACCUGCCAUGUGAACAACUAACUGCAUCCUCCUUCACUGAUGAGGUGGUAUCGUCCCAAGAGCAAUCCAAACCAAUGCAUUCCAAUGAGGACAGGAAUAUGCCAUCAUCACCACACAAGGCAAUGACAAAUGCCCCAGCUGAAACAGCAAAUCAGGACACAUGUGAAUAUGCUACCAGACAACACAAAGGAGACAACUGGCAGACUUCUCAAGCUACUGUACAGAAAACUACAGAGAUUUCUGGCAGUGAUGUGUCUGAUCAACAGAAACACAGUGCAGUUAGUAGACAGACAGACCAGCCAUCAUCUUGUGAUACUAUUGCAUCAUGCUCUUUUUAUGAUCACAGUCUCCAUAUGUGGAAAGUUAAUUGGACUGUGUGAAGUAAACACAGUGUAUCAUGAGUUGAGCCAUCCCUGCUUCAGACUCUUACCCUGUGGCAAUGCUUUGACCCCAUGCAAGUAAAGUGUACACAACGCUCCAAUUGUUUUGGGACACAUUCACAUCACCUAGGAGGCACUGCACAAAAUCACAAUGAGUGCGUUCGAUUACUUCCCCCAGCUUACUCGCGCCUGGCUCCUCGCGUGAUGACAGACAUGCGCAGUGGAGCUAAAUAAACGAACGAUUUCGGGUAAAGUUUCGUGCAAAAGCUGGAAAGUUUAACUUUGACAAGACACAGGCUGCAUCCAAAUCAACUGUCUAGAGCUAGGUCUAGGUACACAGCCAUUGAAAAUACGCGGGGACGCACUGACAAUAGUUGAGCCGUAGCUCUGGUAGCCUGUUUCGGAAAAAAUGUUGCAACCUGACGCCACUUCAGUGGUUUGUGUACAAGGUCUGAUCUGAGGCGCCCGCCGGCAGCCAUGUUUAUUGCAUGGCCUUAUGGGAUACAGUAAACUCCGGCUAAACCAACAUC